AUGGCGGAGAGAAUCAGAAGAGUGAAAGUUCGAAAUGGUGACAGUGAGAUGUCUUCUCUUAUUAGCAAAUUCUGUCAUAGUACACUGAUAUCUCCAAUCACUUCUACCAGCAACAGUCUCUGGAUCAAGUUCAAGUCUGAUGCUUCUGUGCAAAGGGCUAGCUUCCGGGCCAUUUAUCAAGUUGCCUGUGGAGGCUCCUUGUCUGGAGCAGGCACUAUCCAUUCACCUUACUACCCCAGGAUGUCCCCUCACCCAAAGACCUGUGAGUGGAUCAUCUCCCAGCCAGCUAGCAAAGUAGUGAUUCUUAACUUUAUCGACUUUGACAUUCGAAAUACAACCACUUGUGACUCGGACUACAUUGAGGUCAGAGAUGGCAACAACACAGACUCUCCUCUUUUGGAGAAAUACUGUGGUACAGCUGUACCAUCUAGAGUGCAAUCUACACGGAACAAUCUCUAUAUCAAAUUCAAAGCUUCCUCUCUUACCAACCUUGGCUUCAGAGCUGAGUACUGGCCAUUAGAUACAGUAUGUGGAGAGACUCUCACUGCACCAGAAGGAACCAUUACAAGUCCUGGCCACCCAGAUGUCUACCCACAUGGUAUUAAGUGUACCUGGAUUAUCAACAUUCAACCCGGCUACCUUAUCCGCCUGACAUUCACUUCAUUUAACUUGGCAUUUGAUUAUAGUUGCAGAAAGGAUUAUCUUGAAAUAUAUGACAACAGCACUGUGCAAAAAUUGGGAAGGUACUGUGGAAGAUCAAUUCCACCAUCUCUCACUAGUGGUGGCAACAUGAUGAUGUUGUACUUCGUGAGUGAUGACAGCAUUGCAUCUGAGGGCUUCUCAACUAAUUAUAUCUCCCUGGAUGCAUCAAAAGUGUGCUCACACAACUACAGUACUGAAACUGGUGUGCUAACAUCUCCAAACUAUCCCAAUAACUACCCUGUCCGGACAGAGUGCAUAUACACCAUCACAGUGGGAAUAAACAGACAGAUUGUACUGCGCUUCACCAACUUCACCUUGCAAGGGAAUAAACGCUGUACAGAGGAUUAUGUAGAAAUCAGAGAUGGAGGCUAUGAAACUUCUCCUCCUCUUGGAAAAUACUGUGGUACAGACCUGCCUCCCAUUAUAAUCUCUCACGGUAACAAGCUGUGGAUAAAGUUUUUAAGUGACAUUUUUGGCACAAGACAGGGAUUUUCAGCAGAAUGGGAUGGUACAUCAGCAGGUUGUGGUGGGACUUUGAUGACAGCUUCUGGUAUCUUCAUGUCUCCCAACUACCCAAUGCCAUAUUACCACAAUUCAGAGUGCUACUGGUUGCUCAGAGGAAACCGAGGAACCCCAUUCGAAAUCGAGUUUGAACAGUUCCAUCUAGAGUAUCACCCAAAGUGCAACUUCGAUUACCUUGCGGUGUAUGAUGGCAACAGCAGUAAUGGUAAACAGCUAGGUAAAUUUUGUGGGAAUCAGAUACCACAACCCAUCCAUUCCAGUGGAGACAGUGUGUAUGUAAAACUAAGGACAGAUAACAGCCUGCGAGGUGGAGGUUUUUUAGCUAAAUACAAACAGGUUUGCCAUGAAGUACUGACUGUUAAUCGUAGCCAUGGCAUAUUGGAAAGUUUAAAUUAUCCAAAUAAUUACCCAUUAAAUGAGCACUGCCACUGGACUAUCCAAACUACAAAGGGGAACACACUCAACUAUAGCUUCACAGCCUUUGAUUUAGAAGAUGGAUCUGACUGUGACCGUGACUUCUUGAAGCUUUAUGAUGGGCCUGAUGUGCAAUCCAACCUGAUAGGCACUUUCUGUGGACAGUCUCUUCCACUGGCAGGGAGCACUACAGGCACCAGCCUUCAUGUGGUGUUUUAUUCUGAUGGACUGAACGCUAGAAGUGGGUUCCAGAUGCUGUGGCAUGUUAAUGGUUGUGGAGGAGAACUCUCUGGCCCUUCUGGUUCAUUUCACAGCCCUGGCUACCCCAAAAGAUACCCAAGCAAUAGGGAAUGCAUCUGGUACAUUCACACAGCGCCUGGUAGCAGCAUUCAACUCACCAUUCAGGAAUUCGACAUUGAAUAUCACCCAGACUGCAACUAUGAUGUUCUGGAGGUCUAUGGUGGCCCUGAUUUCCUCUCUCCUAGACUAGCCCGGCUGUGUGUUUCAAGAUCAGCACAGAACCCACUGCGUGUCUCUACUACUGGCAAUUCAGCCAUUGUCCAUUUCAAGACAGAUGCAGCAUUGACAGGGAAAGGUUUUAAUGCCUCCUGGCAAGAAAAUCUGGGUGGCUGUGGUGGUGUUUUCCAAGCUACCAGUGGGGAAAUCCAUUCUCCAAACUAUCCUCAACCAUAUAUUAAUAACACAGAUUGUUCUUGGGUUAUCCAAGUUGACUACAGCCACAGAGUCCUAUUGAACUUCACGGAUUUUGACAUUGAAAAUCACCAUUUGUGUAAAUAUGACAAUGUUGAAGUGUUUGAUGGUCCUAGCAAUGAAGCACCACUUCUUAGAAAACUCUGUGGAACACAGCAUCCUCCUCCUGUCACAUCCUCCAAAAAUCUGAUGUACAUCCGACUGCGCUCUGAUACAACCAUCCAGCACAGGGGCUUCAGCGCUCGCUUUACUGAAGCAUGCGGAAGUUUCAUAGAGUCAGAUUCAGUUGGGGCAGCAAUUUCCUCUCCUCUCUAUCCUGCCAAAUACCCAAACAAUCAGAACUGCAGCUGGAUUAUUCAGGCUCAGGAACCAUUCAACCACAUCACACUCUCAUUCACUGACUUUGAAAUUGAAAAUAAUAGACAAAACUGUACAACGGAUUUUCUGGAGAUUUUGGACGGGAAUAACUAUGAGGCUCCUCUUCAAGGUCGUUACUGUGGCACUACUAUACCACAUCCUAUCACUUCUUUUGGUAAUGCUUUGGUGGUGAAUUUUAUCUCCAACAACAACAUUACUGCCAGGGGCUUCCGUGCCACCUAUGCUGCAUCGUCAUCAUCCUGCGGGGGUACUUUCCACAUGGACAGAGGAGCUUUCAACAGCCCUGGCUAUCCCGAGCCAUAUCCGCUCAACACCGAGUGUGUCUGGACAAUUCUCAGCUCCCCUGGCAACCGGCUCCAGCUGUCCUUCAUAGCAUUUCAGGUGGAAGACAGUAGCAGCUGCACCAAAGAUUACCUGGAGAUUCGUGAAGGGAACGAUACAGGCACUCUGGCAGGACGAUUCUGUGGGAGCUCUUUGCCUUCAAAUUAUAUAUCUACUGUUGGACAUGUCCUGUGGGUCAAAUUUGUCUCAGACAACUCAGGCCCUGAUGUUGGCUUCAGGGCCACAUUCUCUCACUUGUAUGGAAAUGACAUUGUGGGAAACAGAGGACAAAUAGCUUCACCACAGUGGCCCAGAAGUUACCCUCACAAUUCCAAUUACCAGUGGCGGAUAAGUGUUAAUGCUUCACAAGUCAUCCAUGGCCAUAUCCUGCAGAUGGAUAUUGAAAAUCAUCACAGAUGCCGUUAUGACAAGCUAAAGGUUUAUGAUGGGCCCACCAUUCAUUCUCGUCCUAUUGCAACAUACUGUGGUGCAGACCCUGUUUCUUUUGCAUCUUCUGGCAGUUCAAUGACAAUUCAGUUUCAGUCAGAUUCAUCUGUGACCGGAAAAGGCUUUCUUUUGGAGUGGUAUGCAGUGGAUGCUUCUGCUGUUACACGCACCAUUACUAGAGGUGCAUGUGGAGGGACUGCAACAACUGAAGAAACACCUUCUUUUCUCUUCUCACCGGGCUGGCCCAUGAAUUACAGAAAUUUUGCUGACUGUGUGUGGCUUAUCAGAGCUCCUGGAUCCACUGUGGAGUUCAAUAUCCUAACCCUAGACAUAGAAUCUCACAGCUCAUGCAACUAUGACAAACUUAUUAUCCAAGACGGAGACACUAGUCUUUCUCCAGUGCUGGCUACUCUGUGUGGACGAGAACCUCCUGGCCCAAUAAGAUCAACCGGAGAGGCGAUGUUCAUCCACUUCAUAUCAGAUGCAAGUGUCACUGGAGCUGGGUUUAAUGCCUCUUAUCACAAAAGUUGCGGAGGCUAUUUGCACACAGGCAGGGGUGUGAUAACAUCCCCCAACUAUCCUCAAGACUAUGCUCCUAAUCUGAAUUGUUCCUGGCAUGUAGUGGUAACCUCUGGAUUUAUCAUUGCUGUCCAUUUUGAACAGCCUUUCCAGGUUAAGAGUGAGGAUACUUCCUGCAGCCUUGGAGAUUAUGUAGAGCUGAAGAAUGGGUUAGAUAAUGCUGCCCCACCUUUGGUGUCUGGAAGAGGGAAUGGACGGUUUUGUGGAAGCAGCUCCAUCUCUACCAUGUACACCACAGACAAUCAGCUGUUUGUCCACUUCAUUUCUGACAACAGGAAUGAGGGUCAAGGAUUCAAACUGAAAUACGAGGCUAAGAGUCUAGCUUGUGGAGGCAAUAUUUAUAUCAAUGAUUUCAACCCCAGUGGAUAUACAUCUUCCCCCAACUAUCCGAACAAUUAUCCCCAGCAUGCUGACUGUGUCUGGACCAUAACUGCUCCUAACGGACAUGCAGUAGAGCUGCAAUUUGAAGAUCAGUUUUACAUUGAACCUUCACCAAACUGCACUUCCAGUUACCUGGAGCUACGCAACGGCGCCGACUCCACUGCCCCCAUCAUUGCCAAGCUGUGUGGAGGUUCGAUGCCAGGCUUGCAGAGAUCCUCAGGAGCUGUUAUGUACCUGAAGUUCAAGUCUGACAGCAGUGCCACGCAUGUGGGAUUCAAUGCUAAAUACUCCAUUGCUCCCUGUGGCGGGACAGUGAUAGGACAAACUGGCAUCAUUGAAAGCAUGGGGUAUCCUGAGCUUCAUUAUCAAGACAACCUACUGUGUGAAUGGUUCCUGCAGGGUCCCAGGGGCCACUAUCUUACCAUCAGACUAGAAGGACUAGAUAUUCAAAACUCCUCCGAGUGCACAAAUGACUUUGUGGAGAUCCGAGAAUACAACACUUCUGGAAAUUUGUUGGGCAAGUACUGUGGUAAUACUCUCCCUGAUGCUGUGGACACCUCUGACAGUUUUGCUUAUGUCAAGUUUGUCACUGAUGGAUCAGUCAAUGCCCGAGGAUUCAGACUGCGCUUUGAUUCCAGCACUGAAGAAUGUGGUGGGGAUUUUUCUGCCCCUGUCGGAACAUUUACUUCGCCCAACUAUCCCAACCUAUACCCACAUAAUCGAGUGUGUGAAUGGAGGAUCACAGUGGAAGAAGGCCGACGUGUGACUCUAACCUUUAAUGAUAUGAAAACGGAAGAACACUGGAGGUGCUCAUCAGAUUAUGUGGCUGUUUACAAUGGCCUCAGACAGAACUCUCCCCAGCUGGCCAAGCUGUGUGGUGAGGUAAAUCCAGGCACUGAGGUGAAAUCCUCUGGAAACACAAUGAAAGUCAUUUUGGUGACAGAUAUGUCUCGUGCAACCAGAGGUUUCAGUGUCUCAUACACAUCUAGUGAAGAUGCAGUUUGUGGUGGAACCCUGAUGGGAUAUGCAGGUGGGAAUUUCUCUUCUCCUUGUUAUAAUGGUGUCAAAAAUUACACAAGUAACCUGAACUGUGAAUGGACCAUUGAAAACCCCUCCCACUAUAAUUCAUCCAUAUAUAUCUCUUUCGAGGAUUUCCACUUGGAACAUCACCAGGACUGCCAGUAUGACUACCUCGAGUUACAAAUAGGGGAUGCUGACGGAGAGCUAAUAGCCAGACUUUGUGGUCAGGCAGCACCAUCUGUGCCACUAGUCAUAGCUGCCCCCCAGAUCUGGGUACACUUUGUAAGUGAUGAAAACACAGAAGAUAAAGGAUUCUUGGCCUAUUACACGUUUGAAGCCUGUGGUGGUAUACAGUCAGGUGAAAGGGGAGUUAUCUCAAGUCCUAACUACCCAGAGCCUUACAGCAACCUGAAUCACUGCUCCUGGUUGUUGGAAGCCCCUGAAGGUGAAACCAUCACUCUUACUUUUACAGCCUUCCAUGUUGAAAAUCACUCCCUUUGUAAGUGGGACUCUGUUACUAUCCUGAAUGGCGGCUCUCCUGGGUCUCCUGUCAUAGGAAAGUAUUGUGGAAACACAUCCCCUGGGACUAUUCAGUCUGGUUCCAGCAAGCUAGUCGUCAUCUUUAACUCUGAUCACUCAAUUCAGGGAGGUGGUUUUUAUGCAACAUGGACAGCAGAAUCUCUAGGAUGUGGUGGAAUCAUUCAUUCAGAUAAUGGUAUGAUCAAGUCUCCUCACUGGCCUCAAAACUUUCCCGUGAACACCAGAUGCACAUGGACCAUCAUUACGCAUGAAAGCAAACACUUGGAGAUGAACUUCCACAGUAACUUCCAGAUCCCAGAUAGCAAUGGAAGUUGCCAGAGCAGUUAUGUGAAGGUGUGGAGAGGAAAUGAUGAAGAAGCAACAGCUUUGUUAACCACAGGAUGUGGAAGUUCAGCUCCUGAUCCUGUUGUUGCUCCAAACAAUGUGAUAACUACAGUAUUUCAGUCUCAGGAUGCUCCUGGGCCAGGUUUCUCUGCAUCUUUCGUAAGCAGAUGCGGAGCAAAUUUCACCAGCCCUGCAGGUCGUAUCGUCUCUCCUAACUACCCUAGUCAGUAUGAUAACAACUUGAACUGCAGUUAUAUCAUAGAUCAGGGACCACAGUCACUGGUGAUUCUAGAGUUUGAGACUUUCCACUUGGAAGCUCCAGCACUCUUGAGCAGAAUUUGUCUUUAUGAUGGAGUAAGCAUCUACAGUGGGACCAGGGUUACGCCGCAUCCGCUCAUCACGCUCUGUGGUAAUGAGCUCCCUGCCCCAGUCAGUGUCUUUGGACCUAUGCUGCUCAACUUCUACAGUGACUCCCAUAUUGCAGGCUUUGGAUUCCAGGCAAGAUACAGAGCAAUUGCUUGUGGUGGCAUUUUCAAUGGCUCUGUUGGUGUUAUCAGCAGUCCGGCCCAUUCAGUUCUUGAUUAUCACAACAACAUGAACUGCUCAUACUACAUCACAGUUGGAAAUGGCAAAGUAGUGGCCCUCAAGUUCAAUAGCUUCCAGCUUGAAAUAUCUCCCUCCUGCUACAAAGAUUAUGUGGCUGUAUAUGACGGCUCAGACACCCAUGCUCCUCUUCUCGGGAAAUUCUGUGGCUCAGAACUGCCUCCGAAUAUUAAGAGCGCCAGUAAUAACUUGUUCGUGGUGUUUAACACUGACUUCUUUGGAGCAGACAGGGGAUGGAAAGCAUCUUUCAGGGAGACCUUAGGACCUCAGAAUGGCUGCGGUGGUUACUUGACAAAUUCAGCUUACAGCUUUGGCUCUCCAGUCUCCAAUGUGACCAGAAGAUAUGAGAAAAAUCUGGACUGUGUAUGGAUCAUAACUGCACCUGUGAACAAACUGAUCAACCUCACCUUCACCUCAUUUGUGCUUGAAGCACAGUCUUCUCAGGCUUGCCGAUAUGAUUAUGUCAAACUUUAUGAUGGAUAUAAUGAAAAUGCCAUUUUAGUUGGCACAUUCUGUGGAUCUACAACGCCAGCUCCUUUUCUUUCUACCCACAAUUCCUUAACUGUGGCAUUUAUCACAGACAAUUCUGUGGAAAGGGAGGGUUUCAAUGCUACCUACACCACAGUGGAUCGACUGUGUGGAGGAAUUUAUAAUGCAACUUCUGCAUCCCUGACUGCAACAUCUCCUAACUUCCCAAAUGAAUAUCCACCGUUUACUCUCUGUACUUGGGUCAUUGAUGCCCCUCCGCAGCAGCAAGUCAGGGUGGUGGUAGAUGCCUUCCACCUUCAUUCCAGCCAGGACUGCUCUCAGAACUACCUGGAGUUCCAGGACUCGCCAACACACAGCCAAGGAUCAGUCCAUAGAUUCUGUGGCACUGAAACUUUUCUAGUCCCUGAAUUUUAUUCUUACGAUCGCACGGCCAUCGUGACUUUCAAAUCAGAUGAAUAUAUGACUAACAAUGGAGUCAGAUUUACCUAUCAAGCUACAGGUUGCAGCAGAGAAUAUAACCAGUCAUUUGGUUACCUGAAGAGCCCUGGCUGGCCUGGUCGUCACCCCAAUAAUAUGGACUGUUCUAUCAUUCUACGAGCUCCCCUGAAUCACACAAUUUCUCUCUUUUUCCAUGCUUUCAGUUUGGAAGACAGCAUCCAAUGUUCACGUGAUUUCCUAGAGGUCAGAAAUGGGAGUGAUGUGCAAUCACCACUACUUGGCAGGUUCUGUGGAAACACUGUGCCCAGUCCCAUCUUCCCCAAAAAUCAUGUUGUCUACCUUCGUUUCAAGAGUGAUUUUUCAGGGGCUCAUGAUGGAUAUGAAAUUACUUGGACUUCAUCAUCAAGUGGAUGCGGAGGAACAUUAUACGGCAGUGCUGGCUCAUUUGCUAGUCCCAGCUACCCUGCAACUUACCUCAACAACACUGACUGCGAGUGGGCCAUUACUGUGCCCAAGGGACGAAUUGUCACAGUGAACUUUGAUUUCAUCAGCAUCGAUGACCCAGGGGAUUGCAGUAGCAACUAUCUGAUCCUUUACAACGGCCCAGAUGCCAGCUAUCCCCCAGCCGGGCCAUACUGUGGGAUGGAUACAAACAUCUCUCCAUUUACUGCUACAUCUCAUCAAGUCUAUAUAAAAUUUCAUGCUGAAUAUGUGACUUUACCAUCAGGAUUCCAGUUAAGCUGGACGAGCUAGAACACUGUCUAGGAGAAAUAUAUUACCGUUCCUUGCUGUACUGAAGAGACUUGUGAUCAUAAAAUAAGUUUGAAAUUUGGUUACGAUAAUUGCAACUGAAGUAAGGCCUUUUAAAAAUCACUGUAAGUGUAGCUGUUACAAAUUUAGAAUUCUGUCAAAAAAAUAUGAUCUCCCAUUGUACUGAAAAUAAACU